UCACAUGAUCAGAGGUUCAACGUCCAGGUGAGACGGAGGGAGUCAGUCAGACUCACAGCGCCAGUACAUGACACAGAACAACAACGAGCUGGCAUGUAGUUCACGGAAUUAAUCUCUUCAUCAUGAACUCAAGUGGUAGAAUAUUAGAUGAAAAGAUUACUGCUUUGUCUUGGAUCUACGUCUCGACUUUGAGUUUAAGCCUGAUAGGUAGUUGUUCUGUGGUGGUGGUGUCCAUUAUAAAGAGAAGGCAUCUCAAUGAACAGGCAAAGCCUCUUCUUCAGCUGGCCCUGGCAGAUUUCCUGGCAUCACUUGUUUUGAUGUGCACCGCCAUAAUUAAUUUGCCUAAUGAAAUUUUGCCACACAGUGAAAAGUUCUGCAACAACGGAUUGCCUUUGUCUUUGGCCUUCUACUGUAUCUCGUUUCUGCUUGUAAUUAUUUAUGCCUGUGAGUCAGCACAUGUGUUUCAAGGAUGGAGGGAAAAGGCAGAACAGGAAGAAUUUGAAAACCAGUUAUCACGCAGAAGGAGAAGGUAUUGUCUCAUCUAUGUAAUUGCGUGGCUUGUACCAAUAAUUGGAUACCUCGUCUAUAUUAAAACCGUCAGAGUUAUGGAAGCUACUCUCAUGCCAGCAAAUGAACCAGAACACAUGCCUGGCGUGACACACGUCAGCAGAGGACCCUCCGUCAGGUUCUGUAGCAGCUGCAUUCUUUUUCUGCAUCUCACAAAUGACUCCUGCACGACAGUGGAUCCGGUUCAUGCCGAGUUCAUCCGUGUUUUCACUCUCAGCAGCGUGUUGAUUGUCAUCUUCAGCUGCACAGUGGUGUACUGUAGAUUACAUAGCUGUUAUAGGCAUUAUGAGAACACAAGCAUGUUCACAAUGUCACAGAGACAUCCAGGUGGGAUUUGGUCCUCGGCUCGAUACAUGAUCCUUGUUAUCAUUUUCUGCUGGACACCAGCUCUGGUUCUCAUCUGUCUGUCCUUCACACAAUCUAAGAUGACACAUCUCUUCCCUCUCUUUGUCAUACAGGCGCUGUCAGUGUCACUCCAGGGUUUUCUGAACAGUAUUGUGUAUGCAUGGAGACGACGCAAUUUCAGAGAUGCCGUACUCGGGGAGCAUCUACCUCUCAUGGCCAAUUCUCAGAGAGCCUUCUUUGACCAAUCAUUAAAUGAGCCAUCAUGAAAUCACAGAAUAAAAUCAUGUAAAUGUUAGUUUGUAUCCACAUACGAGUUCAGAUAUAUUUGUCUAAAUGUUUUCUAUUUAUUUUUAUACAUUUAUUUGUCAUAACUGUUGAUAGGCAAUUGUACUGCUGUCUGCAUACCAUAAUUGAAAUGUAUAAAACAAUAGCUGAACUGAACUGAACAAUAACUGAACAAAUUAUUAGUUGAUUAUUUUCAAACCAUACUUUCACUUUAUUUACAAAAGCGAUAUUAUUUGGAAUCUGUAUUUUUGAUGUAUCCGAUGUUAAACUGUGGUUUUGUUCAAUAAAUGUCUGCAUAGCAUGUGCCAGUACUUCUAGUUCUUGACUGAAAGAUUUUGCUAACCUAAGAAUGACAAAGCAUCGUAUACCACAGGGCCGGUUGUAAAAUUGUUCAUCUCAUAAGCGUGAUCCCAUAAAGUUUUUCAGUACAGAACAGUCAAAUAUGUACUGAACAGAAGGGUCAUGAUUAUGUCACAUGUCACAAAACAUGUCAAAUAUGUCACAUGGUGAGUUCACAACAUGCAUUUUCUUUGUAUGCAACCUGAAACCACCAGCUGUCCAAAACUAAAAGAAUAAUUAAUUAAUUAAAUAAUCAAGAUUCCAGUUAGCCUUUGUGUUUAUUGUAGUUUCACAAGGGCCAUAAAAAUGUGUCUGAAAAAAACAGAAACAAGAUCAUGUGGUAUAUUACAUAAUUAAUAAUAUUACAUAAGGUUGAAUUCAUAAGAACGCCCUCUUGCAAUGUAGGUGACUAGAAAACGUGUAUGGUUGUAAACUGAACUAUCAUAAAAAAAAACGCAGCAUUGAGCACAGCAGUUGAGUUCUGGAAGUAAAAAGAUAUGCCAUAUGGAAAUUAUUUUCAUUAGAAUAUGUAUUUCAAAAUCCUUUAUGUAAUAAUUUAUUCCACAAUAUAAAUUAAUUUAAGCACA